GCGCACAUCCUCCAGAGAGAGAGAGAGAGAGAGAGAGAGAGAGAGAGAGAGAGAGAGAGAGAGAGAGAGACUGAAGGCUGGAUCUUGCUAAUUGUGAGUCCAACAGGACCUGAGCACAAAAAGUCAGUAAAACACAGAUAGGCCGUGCGCCACUGCUCCUGUUUUGGUCUUCGUGCGCUUUAGCGGGGAUUAGAUUCACCAAGAUCCCGGACAGGACGGAUGUCCCGACGACCGCCUGCACUGAACUCGGAUCCUGAAAACAGACGAUUUUAGUAUUUCCCCCGUUUUUUUGGAGACGUAGCGGGGGCAAGUGGGCGAUCCGGUGAUCCGUGUUGCUGCUGCCAUGAAGCUGCCGGGCUGGAUGGCUGUGGCGCUGCUGUUCGCGCACUCCGUAUCGACACAGCGUCACUCAUUGCGGCCAGUGGAUCAGGAGGGCUCUGGAAAUGACCUCUAUGAUGAUGAGGACUAUUUCUCUGGUUCAGGCUCAGGCUAUCCUGUGAUGGAGAUAGACUCGACUGAACCGAGUGCAUCUACCCCUACAAAAGAGUCCCUCCCAGUUUCAACCACACAGGCCUCUGGACCCGCCCCUUCAGCCCCACCCGCUGCAGAGCCUAGCAGCACCCCGGCACCAGAAGUAGACAGGGAGAGUGGCAUGGAUAAUGAGAGGGAACUGGAGAUGGAGAUGGAGAAAAAGAGAGAGCAGCAGACUGAGCAUGAGCAGGAGAUGGAGAGGGUGCGGGAAAGGGAAAGAGAGUGGGAGAGGGAAAGAGAGCGAGAGAGGGAGAGAGAGCGAGAGAAGGAGAGAGAGCGAGAAAGGGAGAGAGAAAGGGAGAGAGAACGGGAUAGAGAGAGGGAGAGAGAAAGAGAGAGGGAGAGAGAACGUGAACAUGAACGUGAAAAAGAAAGAGAGAGGGCAAGAAGUACAACUGCCCCCAUUGUUCCAAAAAUGACCACAGACACUCUAAUGAUUUUAAACAAGACCCCCAGUCCCAAUGAGGAUAUAGUCACCACUGAAGAAGAGGAUGGUUUGUUUAUUUCUACAGAAACCUCCCCCUUCGAAUCAUUCAGCUCAGAGGACCUCUUCACAGAUGACAUCGUAACCACUGAGGUGGCUCCUAUCACUAUUGCUUCCACUACAGCUAGGCCAAUCACGACUCCUGCCACACCCAGCACCACCCCUCCUCGAUCACGAAAACCUCAUCCUGUUCCCAGUAUCUCUCCUAAACGUCCACGGAAACCCCAAGCUACAGCCAGCCCAGCCACACCCACUGAAAGUACACGCCCAGUGCCAACUUCUACAGUACAGGUAAAAACACCAGAAACAGACAUUAAUAAUGAAGUUGCAGUUGCUGGUCCCAGUGGGGACUCUGAGAUCCGAGAGGAGGAUGGACGACGAGGAAAUGAAUUAGGGCACGGCAAAGGUGCAUCGGACGUUGGUGCAGAGCCUGAUUUAACUGGCAACACAAUAGAUACAGGAAGUUCAGCUGCUCAGCUUCCUCAGAAAAACAUCUUGGAAAGAAAAGAAGUUUUGAUAGCUGUGAUUGUUGGCGGUGUAGUUGGCGCACUGUUUGCUGCAUUCCUGGUCAUGUUACUUGUAUAUCGAAUGAAAAAGAAGGAUGAAGGCAGCUACACUCUGGAGGAACCCAAACAAGCCACAGUUACUUAUCAGAAACCAGACAAGCAGGAGGAAUUCUAUGCCUAAAAUCUACACUCUUUCUUUUGCAUUCCUCCAUCCUUCUAGCCUCUACUCCCUCCGACCCUCCUAUCUUCCUGUCAUUUCUAUCUCUGUUUUCUCCUGACUCUCUCCUUUCUCCAUGGGAGUGCCUGCCACUCUGCGGACUUAGGACUUUCUUUUGAAUGGGAAAAAAAGAUCAUCAAAAUAAAAAAAGGCUUUGGACAGAGUUUUGCAGAUCUGCUAGGGAGAGAUAGGGACUCCAUACAUAAAAAACAAAACAAAAAACAAAACAAAAAAAACCCCAAAACAAAACAUUUUUUUAAGUACACGUUGCUAUUGAUAUGUUUAAAAAUUGUUGUUCUAUAAAAUUAUGACAUAAAACAUUUUGUAAAGACACAUGUUCUAUAAAUGCACAAUAUUCCUCUCCAGCUGAGCAUGGAAGUCAAGACGCAUGACAGAGGGAGUGAGGAAGGAUAAAAGGUUAUGGUGGGGCAGAGAGGGUCAAUGGAAAGGAAUGAAAAAGAUAAGACAAAGAGAGAGAAGUGGGGAAGGAAUUUUGGGGCCAUGCUAUUCUGAAAAGGUCAUGCUUCUGUCACAAGGGUCGCGUUUUGUGCCUUCCAUUCCCCUGGUGCUUGAAGCUGAGCAUGACCGCAGAACGGUGUGUGGGUUUGAGUAUGUGUGUGUGAGACUGGGGUGUCAUGAAAUUGCUGCCAUCUCUGGCCUAUGUAAGUCACACACACACACACACACACACACACACACACACACACACACACACACACACACACACACACACACACACACACACACACACACACACACACACACAUACA